AUGGUUUGGGAACCAGAUCCCCGACUCCAGGGGCGCACCUCUACUAGCCGUUCCUCCCGAAGGACCUUCCUGGCCUUCCCCUCCACCAAGACAUACUUCGCCCACCUGGACCUGAGGCCCGGCUCCGCCCAGGUCAAAGCCCACGGCCAGAAGGUGGCUGACGCGCUGACCCUGGCCGUGAACCACCUGGACGACCUGCCCCGCGCCCUGUCCGCUCUGAGCGACCUGCACGCGCACAAGCUGCAGGUGAACCCCGUCAACUUCAAGCUGCUGGGCCACUGCCUGCUGGUCACCCUCGCCCGGCACUACCCCGGAGACUUCAGCCCCGCCCUGCAGGCCUCGCUGGACAAGUUUCUGAGCCACGUGACUUGGGCGCUGGCCUCCAGCUAUCGCUAA